CAAUUCCAUGACUUAGCAUAACACACACCAUUCUAAUAUCCAAAAAAUGAGCCUAAAUCAAUGUGUUAUAAACUUUUACUAAUUUAAUUAAUUAAUUUGAGCUAGUCAUAAUAUUUUCACUGUGCUUCCUAUUGUGUGUGUCUUUCUCCUUCAGGCUUGAAAGGUUUCACAUUUUCGUCAGACUCACUCAAUAGUGUUCAACAAUGGACGAAGCUGAAUUUCAACGCCUUCUCCAACUCUUCCCCGUUGUUCGUUCUCGCGAUUACUGUGCCGAACAAACAUUAUCUAGGCGGCUGUCCGGACAAGCUUCUGGAUGUGCAAAGGAUGAGCAUAGGGAAUGGCAAGAUGCAUGGGAUGAAAGGGAUAUAAAUUUUGAGAACCGAGGAAAUAACCCACAUUCAUUUUGGAGCAAGCUGAAGUCAGAGGCUGCCAAGAAGGUUGGUCCAGAAGAGGCCGAGAGAUUUUGCAAGGCUUUCCAGCAAGUUCACGAGAAACUGGUCUAUGAAGAGUUGAAUUCAGAUGCUGGCAGAAGCUUCAUAAACUCUUCGUAGAGUUCAAAAGAAGAAUUAAAUACAUGCUUUACUCCUCUUGAAUUAUGAUUCAACAAUCAUCCAUUGUAAUUUUAUUGUACUUUGUCAAAGUAUUUGAAUAUUUAAUUACAUAUGACAUCUGUAUUAGUUAUUUACUAUUUAUUUAUUUAUUUAUCUAGUUA